AAGAUUGUAAACUCGGAUGAAUAAGAUGAUCAUGGAGUGUCGUGGCGCGAUUUUUGCGGUGCUGUUCCUCAUCUCUGCCUUCACUGCUCAUAUAUCUGAUGCAAAGCAGUGUUUGGUGGAUGAGACGAGGAGCGCCAAUGACCCCAACAACUUGUACGACUGCGGAAAGGAUGCCAACUGUUGCUUUGAGAAUGGACAACCAUCUUGCUGCACUCCAACCCGAAAGAUGCAAAGCAGUGUUUGGUGGAUGAGACGAGGAGCGCCAAUGACCCCAACAACUUGUACGACUGCGGAAAGGAUGCCAACUGUUGCUUUGAGAAUGGACAACCAUCUUGCUGCACUCCGAAGAAGACCAACGAGGCAAAUGGAUCAACUGAAACUGUGGGGUGGUCUAGCAGGGAUUCUAGUGCUGAUUGCCAUUGUUGUUUUAUCCUGCCGAAGUGACAUUGAGAUCUGCAAAGAAGGCACUGUUUGUUGCCCAUGUUGCUGCAAGCCAAAGCCUCAUCAGGAUGACCAAGACCCUAUUGUGUCACACAACAGGGCAAAAAACAUGGGUCCCCCUGAUUUCACUGCACCUGGGGUCCACCAGAAAAAGAAGAAGCACUUUGAAAAUUUCACGCCCACAGAGCAGCAAUCAGCACCAGUGUAUCAUCAGGAACAACCCAGGCCUCACGCUUCUCCACCCAAGCCAACAACCCCUGGUUUUGCUGCCAUUGAUAAUUUGGAGUUGGACACCCUUGACUGA